GAUUCACUGUGAACACCGCUCCAUUGCGUCCUGGUUACUGCGGCGUUUUCUGAUGUUUCCGCACUGGACAUUUUACUUAUCUCCCGUGUCACUGGCUUUCUUCCCUCGAUGUCCUGGUCCAUUUAUGUGCCAGUGAAAUGCUGUUUCUCAUCUAAUGAAACCUUUUGAGGCGCAUGCCUUAUGGUUCGUUCCGUGCCUAGUUUGUGGCAAAUGGAUUGACCAACGCGACGCCGUCACUUGGUAAUUACGCAAAGCCGGGACCCCUUAAUCCGUUCUUCGUACCUCGCAGUCAAUCAUGCGCUUCGGUAUAUUAUUGCAGCUCUGCAUGUAGAAAUACAAAUUGGGAUUCCGAAGUGAAUGGCGAACAUAGCCACAAACUGUGGUGUUCCAAGAUGAAGACAUUUAUGUCUGUUGAGUCACAGGUUUGUGAUCUUCCUCUAAGUUAUGCCCGAGGUACUUUUUUUCUCACAUGUUUACACUCUUACAGUCACAACUGACGCCAGGUUUUGCGAAAAACAACUGGCUCAAUUCUUUUCUGUGCUUGGCAUACUUAACUUGGGCCUUUGGAAAUAUGAAUAUCGCUCUAACCGGAGUAUCGCCUCCUGGGACUCAGUGAAUUCACCGGGUGAUGAACUGCACUUGUUUUCUGCACUCUGGACGGUGCGCGCAUCAGAUUCCACAGAGGAACCCUGCACUAAGUUUUCCUCAUUAUCUCAUUCGGCUGUCGUCUCCUACGAGGACGCUUUGCUGCGCGCUUACGUCCUUCCCACGGAAGCUGUUUUGCUAAGCAUUCCUCCAACAAUCCACAUGCCUACUCCAUCUGAAUUACACACUAAUAGUCUGGUGACUGUGUGGCUUAACAAUUGGGCUUCUUACUACAUAUGGCGCGGGCUAUGUCGUCCUCCUGAUGGUCUUGUCAAUACUUCUUGGUCCGAGUUCUCCAGCCCCCUUGCUAUCCUUCUACAUUGGCCAAUGACCGUGUACUAUAUUGUCGCAGAGGUUCUGCCCAGAACUAGUCCCCACACAGUCAGUUCGGUUCUUAGUAAGCGCACCUUGACGAUUCAUCUGAUCGGAGUGGAACACGAACUCUCCAUGCUGCCUGUGUUUCAAGAGCUGGAUUAUUUACUUCGACCCGGAUUACUAGUAACAUUUUUCUUCAUCGGUAUGCACAUAGAUCCCACGGUGAAUCGUAAGACAUUCUAUUUAUCCAAUAGACUGUCUGUCGCCGUUUGGACAGGUGCCUAUCACGACUUUGUACUCGAGCAUAUGUCAGCGGACAUCCGACCUGAUUUGAUCAUUGGUCUUAAUUCUGGUCUGUCCGCAUACACCAGCUGGACGCCCACACUGAAGCUCAUUGGAGCUAUGGGCGUCCCUGCUUACUUCACCGACGCUUGCCUCUACAGUUGCGCUUGGAGCUUUCGCGUAGCGCGCUCUCUUGGUCUUCGUUCCGAUGAUUAUAAACCGGAUUGUGGCCCUGUUCUCGACACACAAGAUCUGACUGGUAUCAACGCUCCAAUUCUCAAUCCAUUUCGAAGCCCAUUGCGUAUGCAACCCGUUGGAGUUCGCUGGGGUUGGUUCCGAAACGCAUUUAUCUUCUCGCCGCUGCGUUUCGAUCACUCAGAAAACUCAUCCACUUCCUUUUCGGAUCUCCUCUCACAAUUUGACUCCUUGAAAGUGUGUUAG